AAUUUGUUGUGAAAUUGUUCUAAAUAAGAUUUUAUGAGCAACCUUAUUAUUGCGAAAAUAUAACCCUACUAUCAAAAAUGGAGAAAAAAGAAGCAGAAGACAAUGUGGAAAGCUCUUGGCAAGAAUUAGCGUUUAAAGAUAAAGAAAGAGAACUUUCGCCACCAACAUUUGUUGAUAGCAAAAUUCUUCGAAUGAUGAAAAUGAUGGGUUACCAUUCAGGUUUAGGCCUGGGUAAAAAUAAUCAAGGCAUAAUACAACCUGUAACAAUUGAUACCCAAUUCCAAAGAGAAGGAUUUGGUUUGAAAGUUGAGAAUGGACGAAAUAUAAGUGAGACUUGGGAUUUUUCAUUAGAUGACCCAUCUCCCACAGAACAAGUAGUGUGGUUGUACUGCAAUGAGAUGUUGGUAGUCGACAUUAAUGAUAUCACAUGUCCUAAAGAAGAGAAAUCAAACAUUAACAUUGAGGAAGAAUAUAAUUUUUGUGACAAAGAAAUAUUGCAUGACGUUAUAGCAGCAAAAAAUAUUUUUGAUGAGUUAGAUUUAAAAGAUUUAUGUCAGGCACGAGGAAGAGCAAAUCCAUUUGAAACAGUUCGUUCUGUAUUCUUCAUGAAUAGAGCUUCACUUAAAAUAGCUAAUAUUGAUGCUGCUACAGGUUUUAUGUUUUCAAAUAUAGAUAAAAAUCCACAUCACAAGGACAACACAGGUCCGUAUUAUUUUGCGGAUGUAUGUGCAGGACCAGGGGGAUUUACAGAAUACAUUCUGUGGCGGCGGAAGUGGCACUUUAAAGGGUUUGGUUUUACAUUGCGUGGUGAAAAUGAUUUCAAACUAACAGACUCUGUUUGUACCUCUCCAGUUACUUUUCUUCCUCUGUAUGGUGCAUGUGGUGAUGGGAAUGUUUGUUGUCCCAAAAACAUAGAUGAUUUUACAGAUAAAGUUUUGUUUGAAACAGAAAACAAAGGAGUUCAUUUUAUGAUGUCAGACGGUGGAUUUUCUGUUGAGGGAAAUGAAAAUCUGCAAGAAAUUUUAUCUAAAAAUAUUUAUAUAUGUCAGUGUCUAAUGUCUUUGGAAAUAUUAAGAAAACAUGGUCACUUUGUUACAAAAGUGUUUGAUAUGUUUACGUGUUUUAGUGUUGGUCUUUUAUAUUUAAUGUCCAAAUGUUUUGAAAAAGUGUGUAUCUUAAAACCAAAUACCUCAAGACCCGCCAACUCAGAAAGGUACAUUAUUUGUUCCAACUACAAAGGUCGAGAAAACGUGCAAAUUAUAAGAACCUAUUUAAGAAAGUUGGUAGAUAGAUUAUGGGAGAUGAAAAAUGGUGCUGAUAGUAAUUUUGAUAUAACUGAAAUAGUGCCUUUGUCCAUAUUAAAACGUGAUCAAAAAUUUUAUUCAUAUAUUUUUAAUAGUAACAAUCGAAUAGCAAAGAACCAAACUAUCAAUCUUCAAAAACUGGUGACCUUUUAUAGAAACCCUUUACUUAUAGAUCAUCGUCAGGAAGAAUUAAGAAAACGUUGUUUGGAAUAUUGGCAAAUACCAGAUAAACCAAAAGUACCUGUAUCAAAAUAUGUUGUGGAGGAUUUACUAGAAGAAACCCUUCAUAAUAGAGAACUGUUAUUUGUACAAUCGCGUAAGAUUUCAUGUCUUGCCGAUUUUAAAGAAAUAGGGGAACAUUUGGAAGAAUGGCACUAUGUUCCUAUGCAAUGUAGGGAGAAUACAAAUAUUUGUAAUUUUUAUGCUGGAGUAGGAUUCUCAAAAGUAUACCGCUUACAAUAUAAUAAGUGGGUCAGAGUAAAAAAUCUACAAUUAAUUCGCGGAACUCUAUUAUAUGGUGAAUUAGUUAAGGAAAAAUAUUAUGCAAAAGAUUCCUCUGACCAACCGCAAUAUAAGUAUAGUUUACAUGUUAUAGACGCAUUGCGACUGGGAGAUUUGAAUUUAGCAGACUUGGAUUUUGAACAAAGGAAGAAUCUCAUACAGUUGUAUUGUAAAGCUGUCAACCAUGAAUUCAGAACUAAUACCAUACGAAUUCGAUACAAAUGUGCUAAUGAGUUACUGUCUUUGACACAGAAUUUGUGUGUAAGUAAAGACAAAACCGGAGAAAGUUUUAUCACGCCGUUACCUGUAUUAGGAUACAAGGUUAAAGAAGAAUGCUAUGAAGUCAAUUCUAUCCUUUUCUUUAAAACGAAUAACGGUAAUAUCAGUCUUUUCACUCAUCAUAUGUUUUACGGAUACAGUUCUUUAUAAACAAAAUAAUUGCACGAAAAAAUACGCAAUUACAGUUGCAAUCGUUAAUAGAUUUUAUAAAAAAUGAAACAACGUCGUGCGAGAAGGCCUAAGUUUUAUUUCCUGACUUUGAUAACAGAAAAUCUAAUAAGGCUGUGAAGUCAAAGUUACUGUGGAUAUCAAAAUUCACUAUAACUUUAUUAAAACUUUUACGAAGUA